AUGGGUCCGCCAAUACCACGACAAGUGAAAAAUAUUAUUUAUAAUGUACAUAGUUUUUUUUUAAGACGAAAGGGCGACAAGGAAAGUAUGGAACACAAAUAUGAUAUGAACAUUAAUAAAUUAGUAGCAGAGGCUACAGGAGUGUCUGCCCGCACCGUAAUGCGAAUUGUAGCUGAAGGAAAUUCGAGUCUACAAACAUCGGAAAUUGCAAAAUUUUCAUCUCCGCGGAAACCUAAAGAAAUAAAAAAGAGAAUCCAGAUUGAUGAUUUUGACAUGGGAGUUAUACGAAGAAAAAUUCAUCAAUUUUAUACUAGUGAUAAGAAAAUCCCAAGUAUUCGUAAGCUGCUUGCAGUUUUAAAAGAAGAUGGCAUUGUGAACUGCGGUUGUACCUAUUUACGACAGCUUUUACAUAAGAUGGGAUAUUUAUUUAAAAAAUGUAAAUCUAAGAGACACAUUUUAAUUGAGAGGCCCAGUAUUGCUGAAUGGAGAGUAAGAUGGCAAAAGUGUGACGACCACGUACAGAAAAUCGAGAACCAAUAUUGGGACCACGAUAUGAGGUUUGACAAUGUAAUAGACGAGUUGAUCAUAAACCUGGGAAACGAUUCAGAUUCUGAGGAGGAUAUGGAAAUUGAAGACAUGUAUAGUAAUGAAGAAGAAGAAAAUAUGGAUUAA